UAAAAUUCAGCACAAGAGAGAAAUAACAUCACACAACACCAAGAUGCAGCACCAACACUCACAACCACCAGUGCAAUCCGCCGGAAAUCUCAUCUCUUCUCCACCGGAGUCGCAAGGUUCUACGACGGACGCCCCUCCGAAACAGGUAGCUCUAGCUAUGGAUCGUUUAGCCCAUGCUGCGCGACUCAUCGCCGACAUCAGACUCGGUGCCGACCGCCUCCUCGAAGCCCUAUUUAUCGCCGGACAGCAGCCUCACCAGUCCAGCUCCAAUAAACCGUUGCAUUUGAUCAUUCAAGAAGGAGCUUCUAUGCGACAGUACCUCCAGGAUCUUCGAACUAUUGGAAGGCAAUUGGAAGAUUCUGGAGUUCUCAAUGAAUCGCUUAGGUCAAGAAGUAAUUCUUGGGGCCUCCACAUGCCUUUAGUUUGUCCAGAUGGUGCUGUUGUUGCAUAUGCAUGGAAACGCCAACUUGCUGGUCAGGCUGGAGCAUCUGCUGUUGAUAGGACCAGGUUGGCUCUGAAAGCAUUUACUGAUCAAAAACGACGGUUUUUUCCUCACCUUGAUGAGGAUUCUGGAAAUGAGCCAGUCUCCAAAAAGCAUCGUGGGAACCAAACUCCAACUGUGAGUCAGCAAGAAGAGUUUAGUGACUUGAGAACUGUUUCAGAUGUUUUAACGGAACUGGAGAAAGAAGUUCCAGAAGUCAAAACUUCUACUUAUCAACGAUUGGAUUGGUUAAAACGAGCUUCAUUACUUCCAAGUUCAUCAAGUGAGACUUUGGAUGAAUCAUCAAAAGAUCAUAAUUUUCACAGUUCUAGGGAUAUCAGACCCGGGUCAGGGGGUGCAGUUGUGGGCGAUCAGAUCGCUGUGAUUGAGCUGUUGAUCCCUUCUGUAUUUAGAGCAGUAAUAUCAUUACAUCCAACUGGUUCACUUGAUCCUGAUGCAGUAGCUUUCUUUUCACCAGAUGAGGGUGGCAGCUAUGUACAUGCAAGGGGGGUUUCAGCCUUCAACACAUUCAGGAACAUCACGGAACAUGCUGCCAUGGCUCCGCACCAUUUUAUCGGUGUGAAUCCGGAGACAGCACUAUGUUCUUUACUGCGCUGGAUCUGCAGUUAUCAAACUCUAUUCACAAAAGUCUGCAGUAAAUGUGGGAAGCUACUUUCUAUGGAUAAAGAAUCAGCUUUGCUAUUGCCUCCUGUUCAACGGCCGUACCGGAACUUACAUUCGUCAAGUAAGGAUGAGAGCAUCCAUGUCCACGAUAUCCCGGCCUAUCACAUCGGCUGUUUUCCCCAAGACGCAUAGCAUAUAGAGCUUAGAUUCGGUUGUAGUUUGUAUGGUAAAUUUAGAUUUUUUGUACAUAUCAAUCCAGUUUUGAUGCCGUCAUGUAAUGCCUCAUGAAACUUCAAUUUCACUUUCAUUUCGAAAAAGGAUGGUACCUCUGGUAAAUUAUUUGAGAAACAAACAAAAAAUUAUUGCGACA